AUGAGAGCCAAAUUUAAUUCUACUGAUUUCUAUACACCAUUAGACACUUUACUUGAUUGUAUGAUGGUAGAACAAGGACAUCCAAAUGCCAGUAAAAUAUUAUGUGAUAUUUCAAUAUUUCUUGGAAGUUUUAUGGCUUAUAUAUUCCCAUUGAUUGGAGUCUUUCAUUUGAUUUCUAAUUGUAUUGUUGCUAUAAUAUUUCUAUAUUAUCUAGUACAACAUAAUAGACAAUUUGUAUAUCAAGGUGUUCUUGCUAUAUCAGAUAUUUCAAUACUUAUCACUAUUGGAUGGUUACGUUGGUUUCCUACAUUUGGUUUACCAUUUGCAACAUCAGGAAAUGUAUAUUAUUUCAUUUCAUUAACAUCAACUACUAGUUGUAAAUUGUAUAUGUUGUUUCAAUCGGUGACAUGUAUUUUUCGUGGAAAUAUCUUUCUAAUAAUGGCAUUCGAUCGUUUGUUGUUAAUUCAUAAACCAUUAAUCUUUAGGAAACAUUCCAAAUAUAUUGUCUGGAUAAUAAUCAGCUCAGUCUUCAUUAUAACUAUUCUAAUGUCAUUACCCAUUUCCAUCAAUAGUGAUUUGAUUCUUAUAAUCAAUCGUAAACUAUGUUGGCAUAAACACAACAUUGAUCUCUUAAUCAUUUAUCAAGCUUUAUUUUCAUACACAUGUCUAACACAAUUUUUAAUUGUCAUUAUGAUUGAUACAUUUUUCUUAGUGAAAGUGGUACGUUGGUCACGUGGUCGUCCUCAACCAACAGAUACACAAGCAUCAAAAAUGGUUAAUAAUUCACGUAUUAUCACAAUGCUUGUCCUUCAUAGUUUUGCAUUUUUAUGUGCAUUACCAUGUGUAAUCGCUUAUCUUCUAACAAUUACUUUACAUCGUCAAAAUCUUCAAAUAUCCGAAGAAUUUCUUCGUUUCUUAUUACUUUUUUUGAAUAUUGGAUGGACUUUAAUUUUUCUUCAAUCAUCAUUGAAUAUUGUUUUGUAUUGUUUUCGUAUUAAUAAGUUUAAACAAAUCUUACUUAAACCAUUAACUACUCAUCGUAACUAAACAUCAAUCAAUCAAUAAGAGAUUAAUUUCAUUCGACUGAUGAUUAUGAAUUAAUGGUCUCGUCUACUACAGUAUCAAACACAUACUCUGACUUCAUUUAAUCUAAGCUUAAUCGUUUCUAUGGUAUAAUCUCGAUUUCAUUUCAUUGUAACGUUUCUCCUGUAAAAUAUUCUUUGUAUUCAUUUAAUGUGAUUGUUAUUCAGCAUAUGUUUCUUUUUGGUAGUAAUUUUGAGUAUUUCCCUUAUAUGGGAUAUAGGUUGAUUAAUCACCAAGUAAAGGUAAAAUCGAUUUAUGAAUAAAUGUAUUAUCUUAAAUGUUUGAUGUCUUUUGGAGAGUGAACUAAAUUUUUUCCUUCAAUUAGUAUAGUCUAUU